GCUUCUUUUGGGUGAAAGGGUACUUCCAGGUAUCUCGAGGGUAUCCAUUAAUAUUAAUAUUUCCAUUAAAAACCAUCUGGCCUCAUCAUCACGCAAGUUGGAGAGCUUCAUUAUAAGCGAUAUAUAAAUUCUGUUAUAUUCAUUUAUAAUCUUUGUAAAUUCACCAUUUCAUAUCAUCAUAUAUCUCUCUCCCUCCUUUCCUCAAAUUCAAUCUUUAAUUUGAUCAGCUCAUUCGCGAAAAGUGUUAUCGCGGCGCAUUCAAUUAGCUAUUGCCAAUCAGCGCAGAUCUCCAGCCUAAUCGCAGAAAGCUUCCUAAUCAGAAACCUGCUUAUAUAGUCUCUCGACCCCCCUCAAUUCUGACAGCUUUCACCCCUCAAUCAUCCAUUCCAUAACAGAUCGCCAAAAUGCGCAUUCCUACCGUUUCCGUCCUUGCCCUCCCCCUCCUGGUCGCAGCCCAAGAAUCUCCUCUCGACCAAGCCAAAGCUCAAGCUCAAUACUGGUUCGGCAAACUUCAAUCCUAUAUCCCCUCUCCAGCCUCCGAAUCUCCCCUCGAAGCCGCAACUGCCAAAGUAGGCGAAGCAAAAAUCCACCAUCUUACCCUCGAUACCUGGCAAGAAACUAUCCGCGGAAGCAUCACUCCCGAGUCGUCGCUCCCGCAAGAAUGGUGGGUUCUAGCUACUGGCGGAAACAAAACCUGUUUUGGUCUCUGCGGCAAAAUCGAAAAGGGCUUCAAUGAAUCCGCUGCCCUUUUCGCUGUCGACCCCACAGCUCCUCACAUGGCAAUGUUAAAUUGCGACGAACAACCCGUUCUUUGCAAUUCGUGGGGCGCAGGACCACCACAUUUGUGGACCAUGGAAGUUGGGGCUCCAGGAUCCCCAGUUCCUAUUAUCACGAUUCCAUUGAACACUACUUCUACAACCGUCACUACAUUCACCGAUUUGCACUCAACUAAAUCGUACAAGAAAAAGGCACCUUAUGAGGGUUGGUUCCACCCUUUCGAUGGUGAACUUGCGCAAUACGGUGCCGCAGUUCCAGUUGGAUACGUACUUUGGUUCUUCGCAGUUGUUCCCAGCUGGAUGUUCAUGAUUGGUAUUUCAUUCUUGAGCAGAACCAUCAUGAGCAAGCGAACUCUCGGUCCACAAGGACCUGCAGCAGCCGCUGGAGCUCGCCCACGCGCUGCUCCAGCUGGAGAUGGAGUUACCUACUAAGAAAUGUCUGUCAUGAUUAUAAAUUUGGGGAAGACUGCAGUGGAGGAUUUAAUUCUCACAUGAUAUGCAUGUUUUCAAAGCGACGGGUGGCCGGAAUGCAAUUUACGUAGCUUAUCUAAACAAAUUUUAAUGAAUGGAGAAAUGGGUAUCAUAAUUUUCAAACCU